UCUCUCUCUCUCUCUCUCUCUCUCUCUGUCUCUCUGGUCGAGUACUUGGUUCUUAUAGAUUUGAAUAUAGUCGUCGACCGCCUGCGUCCGUGAAUAUGUGCGUUGUCUGAAUAGAUAUAGCUACGUGUGUAUUCUUAUUGUGAGCUAUUUGAGUGCUUCGUUAUACGUGUGUAAACAAGUUGAGAUAAGAAAGACAUAAUUAAAAUGGAGUCGGAGAGGAGCGAAAGUGAAUCGCCUAAAGAUUCUUCAACGGACGAAAAACCUUCGGACGAUGAUAAUGAAGAAAUGAGUCUCAGUAAACUUCCGCACGAGCCCCUCAGACUUAUAUUCUUAGAGCUACCGAUUGUCGACAGAAUUAGAAUCCAAAGAGUGAACAAGAUGUGGGAGGUAGUGAGUAAGCAAUCCUGGCUGUCGUGCAAAAGUCUGACUUUCAAAGUGGAUGACUGGGGCUGCAAGUACUGGUCAAAGGGGGGAAUAGAUCAGGUUAGCUUUGAAAAGAUUUUACAACGAUGCAGUCAAAGUUUAAGGCGCAUCGACUUCUCGAAUUAUUAUGGUCCCGACAAAACUAAAUUAACGAAAAAAAACGCGAGCCUCUUCACCAUGAUCGCGAAAUGUUGCCCAAAUAUUACGGCUCUUAACAUCGGCCGUUUGGAGGUCGAUGCUAAGGGAAUCGAAUGUCUAGCGCACCGUUAUUCAAAACUCACUGAAUUCUGCAUCGGCAAGUCUUACGCGAUUAAAGCCGAGCAGCUUAGCGGACCGCUCACGCUCCUAUUUCGAAACAAUAACAAUCUGCAACAUGUCGAAUUGAACAUCGCGUCCGACGGAAAGUGUUUGUUGGAGCUGAAUCCCGUAAUCAUGAAGAAACUCGCGGUGGUCAAUGGUUUUGGCGCUGAGCAGACUAUUUGCCUUGCUCUCAAGAGGUUUGAAAACUUACACAGCUUCGGCAUCACUAAUUAUGCUAAUUACGCUGAUAAGCGUCAGUUUGAUGACAAUGAUGAGUCGUACAUGAAUUUGAUGUUGAAAGCGAUUCGAGCAAGUUCUCAGAGCUUGCAAGAGCUCACGAUCAGAAGCAUUUUGUUCAAUACGAACAUCGAUUCCAACAUCUUCAUAUACUUCAAAAACCUUCGGAAGCUCGUGAUCGAAGGUGACGCAGUAAAGCUCGACCUUGGAAUUGCCAUUGAACACUGCAAAAAAUUAACUUGCAUCAACCUAACUCUUUUUCCAGUGACGGACGAUAAAAUGGCGACUAUCAUGCGAUUGCCCGAACUGCGAGAAUUACAUCUUUCAAAUUUGAGGAAAAUAACCGAUGCUAUAUUCAUCAAUCGCAUGGCAUCUCUGAAGGUAUUUAGUUGCACCCAAUGUCCACAUUUGACAGAGGCCGGCUUGAAAAGCUUGCUAGAAAAUUCGUCCAAGAACUUGGAAAGACUCACCAUUGCAGAAUGCCCCAACGUCAAUCUGGACAACUUGAGCAAUCUCGCUAAGGAAGCGACGGGCUCUCGAAGCAACGGUCCACUUUUAAAAAUCUUAGUGAAGCAAACGGAUGAAUUAUUGUUGGUCGUGGAUAAGAAAGUGACCCGCUUGUCGGAUUACCUUGAACUAGUAGAAUUUGUUUAUGAAUGAUACCAUAGUGGAGAUGAAUGAUAGAUGUACAUAUAUUUUUUAAUGAAAUUGUAAUUUUAAGAAAUUUCCUUGCUAUGAGAAAUACAGUUUUCUUUUAAUAAUACAA